UUCACAAUCAGAGCUUUCAAAUUAUCAAAAAUCUUCCUCCAUCCCUUCCUUAUCUCCCCCACUGAAAACCUCAUGAACAACGACGUCGACUGGUGCAACCUCAAAUGCGACGUCGUUUAAUCGACACACCUUUCAAACUAUAACAACCUCUCCUCCAUACCUUCUUCAUCGAAGAACAUGAACACUUUACUUCCAACUUCCGUCUACAAACCGCCGAUUUCAAGUUUCUUCUCGAUCAAUCCUUCGAUUCUGAGAUUGAAUUAUCGAUUUCGUACGAAAAACUUCAGUGUUCGUGCAUCUGCGAAUGAAUUAGAUACGAAAACGGUUGAAGAAGAGGACGGUAAAGAGGAAUCAGUUGAUGUGACGAACACGAGCUCGAUCGGAGCAUCGGUGAGUGGUGCGGCGAUCGAGAAAGACCUAAAAAAGGUUGUGCAGAAAACGGCUGCUACAUUUGCACCGAGGGCUUCGACAGCUUCAAAGAAUCCAGCUGUACCUGGAUCAACAUUAUACACUGUUUUUGAGGUUCAAGCAUACGCUUCAAUGUUGUUGGGUGGAGCUCUGUCUUAUAACCUUAUAUUCCCAUCAAAUGAACCUGAUAUCUGGAGACUAAUGGGGAUGUGGUCAAUCUGGAUGUUUACUAUACCUUCCCUUCGUGCAAGAGACUGCUCGAAAAAUGAAAAGGAAGCUCUCAACUAUCUGUUUCUUGUCGUCCCGUUGCUGAAUGUUAUAAUCCCGUUUUUCUUGAAAUCUUUUGCCGUUGUCUGGUCUGCAGAUACUGUAGCUUUUUUCGCCAUGUAUGCAUGGAAGCUAGGGUGGCCGCAGAAAAGAGAAUAGUUCUUGCGAAACGGUGUUUGGAACUUAAUAGUUUAUUUAAGAACACACAGGAUUUGUUUAAAGUAGUGUAGGAAGAUGUAUAUUGAUAUUCAUAGCCUUUGUGUAUUGAUGAUGUAUACUUUUUAUGAUUCAUAAAGAAAAUGAUUUAUAACCAAAA